UUUUCGUCAGCCGAAGCAUAAGGAACCUAGAAGAUGGUCUCGUCACACCUUAGCUGGUUGAUCGUCCGCGAUCACCAUGCGUACCUCAUGAAGCAGAAGAACAUCCGGAAACCGUUCAGCACGGAGCCGGGCAAUCUGACCAACUUGAGCUCAUACCGCUACAGUGGUCUGGUCCAUCCCAAGACCAUCACCAUUACGCCGGCUGAGAAGAAGGGCCUCAACUUCGUCUACAAGCGUCACAAGAUGUCGAACAAGCCAUCUAAGGCACCAGUUAAGGUGACUCUGAAGGAAGGACCUCGGCGUACGCUUAAGAAGAUUUCCAACAUCAUCAAGAGCAGCAAAUGCCGAGCUGAUCUUCGACAGGCCGCUCUUCGCCGCGCCAGCGCUAUCCUUCGCUCACAGCGAGUGGUUAAGCCCAAGAAGGGCAAGGCUGGAGCUGCUCCGGCUGCCGCGACCGCCGCUGCUACCACCGCUGCGGCUCCCAAGAAGGCCGAGUAAGCGCGCGAGGAAGAACAGAUUCCAUUGGGAAAAAUAUUCUCAUGCUCUGAGAGCAGAGGAGUUUGUCUCGAUGAUAAAAUAAAUAAAAAACAUUCUAACAUG